AUGCAAUCAAACGUGAACAAUACGUUGGCAGCAUUUCGAAGUGAUAUCGAUGUACAACAUUCAUUAUUUUCGGCUUUAUUAUCUAUAAUAUUAAUCAGUAUGGGAUUUAUGUUUCGGACUGAGCAAUGGAAACUUGAGUAUGUAGCAUUCUUGCUAUCGAUUCCAACGGCAGUGUUGUUGUGCGGUUGGCGUGCACGAUGGAACGCAGCACAAGCAUCUUUCCUUGGUGGUAUAUUUACCUUGUCUCUACUAUGCUCUUAUUCAACAAAUAAUUCGUAUUUAUCAAUAUUCGCGUGGUAUUUUGCAUGCGUGGCGGCAUUUCACUACGGAGAAUUUCUGAUGACAGCGUUAACAAACAGGUCAGAUUUGAGUUCGACAUCAUAUCUUCUGGAUCAUUCAUUCGCAUAUUGGGCAGCUGCUGUAAUAAGUUGGGUGGAAUAUGCCAUGGAAGUACGUUUCUUACCGCUUUUAAAAAAUAUUACUGUAAGUUACGUCGGAUUAGUACUAAUUAUAUUCGGUGAAAUUUUGCGAAAACUUGCAAUGGUUCAUGCAAACGGUGGGUUUACGCAUAUGAUUGCAAUCGAAAAGCGUCCAAGGCAUAAAUUGGUCACUAGUGGUGUGUAUAGUUUCGUACGGCAUCCAGGAUAUCUUGGAUGGCUACUCUGGUGCUUAGGUACCCAAAUGUUGCUUUGCAAUCCCAUGUGUGUAAUUCUUUAUUUGCUAAUUGGAUGGGAUUUCUUCAACAAAAGAAUAUAUUGGGAAGAGCGUUAUCUGGUCUCUUUCUUUGGUUCAGAAUAUAUUCAAUAUCGAAAGAACGUUCCACUUGGGAUACCUUUUAUUAAAGGAUACGAAUAA